AUGCCGCAGGCGUGGGAGGAGGGCAGCCCUUCACCAGUCCUGGCCUUUGCUUCUUCUCCUCGGCCCAACCACAGCUACAUGUUUAAACGGGAACCUCCUGAGGGAUGCGAGAAGGUCCGGGCCUUUGAAGAAGCUUCCUCCCCCAGCCCCGAUCAGACUUUUCAGCCUUCCUGCCCAGAUAAGAACAAAGUGCACUUCAACCCCACCGGUUCUGCCUUCUGCCCCGUCAGCCUGGUGAAGCCUCUCUUCCCAAACGUGGGUUUCCUCUUCAGGGGCUUUCCGCCUCCUUCCAGCCCUGGCCGGGCACGUUUACAUCCUGCCAGCCCCCAGCCCCCACCCCGUUCCUUGGGGCGCGGAAGGACGCUGCAGUAGAUAGCUUCAGCGAGGUGUCCAAGUCUCCUUCACUGAAUUACGAACACUGGAAGCGCGGCCAAGAGCGGCGUCUCCCACAGCUCCCUCGUGGUGUGAAGCCUCUGGGGAAAGCUAGCCAGCAACAGCAGCUCUGGCUCCUCAGCGCGUCUCUGCCAGCCUGUGGAGACCAGUGCCUUGAAAGUGGGACGUGACAGCCAAGAGGCGGCCCUGGGAUCGAGAACCCCAGCAGGCUUCCUCCAGGGACGAUAGAAACUGUGAAGUACAGCGUGCCACGGGACUCCUCGCUGCUGGAGAGGCUUGUUUCUCUGAGCCUCCCUUGCUCAAAGCACUUUCCUGUG